AUGGAAAAUCCAAUUAACUCAUUUCAAAGCCUAGCAGCUGUUCAACUGCAACAGCAACAAGGACCACAAGAAAAACAAUUUCAACCGUACAGACACAUCCAGCAACGAGCUGUUAUGGAUGGGGAAAUAAACGACGCGGAUUCUCCUUCUCAACAGUCCGAUAACUUCAAGGAAAAUGACAUUUCACUAAUGGGCGGCAAUUCAACUUCAAAGACAGAAAGUUUGAGCUCUAGCGCUCCCAAACACUGCCAAGACGAACAACAUCUCUGCCGGAUAACGGCAGAGAUGUCCAUCGACGCUGUCUCUGCGAGUCAGUUGGAAACUCGAGCCCCAGUGGAGCCUAAACCUGGGUCUAAAGUGAACAACAAGGGCAAGAAAUUCUCGCAUGUGGUCAAGCCGGUUUCAUUCAGGGCCCCACGACAGCAGUCUGUUUACCAAAAAAGGGUAACAUACAAGCCCAAUAAAAGCUUCAUUUCAAACAAAAGCACAAACUCCGUUGAUGAACCUCUUCCCGUUGCCAAUAAAAACCCACAGCCGCAAGUGUCGGUGCCCAAUACUUUUAAAUACAAGUCCCACCCUAAUGCCAAGUCCAAGGAAUUGGGAAGCACUGCUCUUCAUAGCAGUGCCAGUGCCGAUAUCAAGGUCCCGAACCGCAACAACGGCCACUAUUCGCCAGAUCUGUUGCAAUCAGUUGCUGAUCAUCAUCAUCCAGUAAACGAAGAUGACCAGGGCCAAAAGACAUCUGGCUUGGACCGCUCCCUCAAUUUUUCCAAUUCCCAAACGAACAAUAAUACUCCCGACUGGAUGCCCGAAGAGUUGGAGGAGAAAUGGCCCACAACAAACAUUCUAGAAGAAGGAGACUUGUCAAACUUGGUUAAAAGCCACCAAAAUUCACAACGUGCCAGCAUGCAGCAGGAUAUGCAACAACAAAGAAGGAUCUCGCUUGGGAAAAGAAGCUUGCAGUUGAUGGAAAUGAAUCCGUUCAACCACUCCAACAACACCAUGAUUCACAAUUCAGAUAUUGUCUUGAACGACAAUUUCCCCUGGAAAUCCCAACAUGAAAGUCCCGCUUCCAAGAAUUUACGCCAGAUUUUCCAAGAUUCAUCACUAAAGGAAGUAUCGGCAUCUUCAAUCAUUUCGACACCGAUGGGAACGUUUAGAAGCCGAAACAAAUCGGAGAACAAUCACAACACCACCACCAACAACAACAACAACCACCACCACAACCAUAAUAAAGAACACGACUCCACAGCAUCUCCACUCGCGAAAUCCCCAUUGAAACUAUUUGGCGAUAACUAUGACACCUUCACCAAGCAAAAGCUCAACUGCCUACUUCAAAAUGUAAAUUCCAAAUCUAAUAAGAAUACACCUGCUCAACAUGCAGACGGUGACAAGAGCAAUAAGGAGCCGACUGCCUCGCACUUUUUGAACGAGCUCACCAAGCCUCCCUUGGGACCUAAUUUCCAAAUACUCAAUGAACCAAAAACCAAAAACAUAAAGGACUUUACAAGGACAAAAUCAUACACAAACAAGUCGUACAUUGAGAAUGCCAACAAUGUGUUUUACAAUUUGAAAAAGAGAGGCUUUCGUAAUGGAGACACCAACAGUAGAAUCCCUUCGCAAAGCACAGCUACUUCGACUCCCAAAAAGAUACUAGAGACUCAAGAUGUUCCCGAGAAUGAUUUUGCAUCGUUCACGACUGGGUACAGCUCCGACGAUCAAAGCGAGCCGGGCAAGUUGGUGGUGCCCGAGGAGGGCAACUCUUCCAAGGACUAUACUGCAAUGACGAGGGAAAGCUUUGAGUCGACGUCCAACCCCAACUACCCUGGCGACGCGAGAAGCUCUCAGUUCGGUCCCGGGCAGAUGCACAAGGUUCCACCUGAACAAGAACAUUUGCAAGAACAAAAGGAAACUUUCACCGAGGACAGUUUUACCGAUUCCGAAGGCGAAACUGUGCAAGAGCAAUUCCCACCGCAAGCUUCAGUGCCGUUAUCAUCACCACCAUUGCAACCACCAACACGACCAUCACCACCACUACCAUCACCACCACUACCAUCACCACCACCACCACCACAGCCUAUGCAAAGUCAGUCGCCGAUAGGAGCCAAAAGUUUCUUGGAAAAGGUCGAGUCGGACUCUGCGGAGAACCUGCUUCUUGACGAAAGUCGUGCUUCGCCACCACCUCCCUUGAGAUGGAAAACAAGGUCGCAGCUCAAGCUCUACACGACGUCUCCCGUUCGUUUAGGGAGAGUAUUGCCUGGAGCAGAUUUACCACUCGAGUGUGGAAACAUGGUUUUCAAUGAGAGUACUGGCAAAUGGAGCAGCAAAGAAGCAAAAGACCAAAACGAAACUUUAAACAAUAUUGAAGACUUGGUGGAAACCACUCACGUUGUUGAGUCAGCAGGCAUCUUACGCAAAGAUCAUGGACCUAAACGCAAUGCCAAUGCCAAUUUGGAAGUGUCAUUCUACGAACCAACGCCAUCCUCGUUGUCGAACGCGAGCCGGGAAGGUUCGUUUAGCGAAAUCACUAGAUUGUCGCAGAUGGUGGACGUGUCUUUUUCCGAGUCUAAGAAGCAUUUGAUAUCUGUGAUUACAGAUAUUCUCGACGUGGGGUCCGACCAAGACUGGAGAAAAACUAAAACAAUUGACUUGUCAUCGUCCAAUCUCAAAAACGUCAAAGGUCUUGACUCUAUUUUAACUUCGCUUACAAAGGUAAACUUGUCAAACAAUGAACUAAGGUACUUGGCAGGACUCUCGUCGGGACGCCUCUUUGAGUUGAAUUUGGCUGCGAACGCGAUUGAAGAUAAAACGGCAUUUACACAGCUUUCAAACUUGCAUGUACUUAACUUGGACAGCAAUAGGCUCACUUCCACGGCAAACAUAUCGCACUGCUUGCACCUUUCAACGCUCACGUUAACUCGCAACGCCAUCAGGGACAUUUCCGGUUUAUCUGGCUUGCCGAAUUUGACCACGCUAGACAUUUCCAAUAACCAACUCCACGGCAAAGUCGAUUUUUCUACCUUCGAGUGCGAGAGGCUAGAGCUGUUGAACUUAUCAAGCAACGAAAUAACACUGGUGACUGGAAUCGGCAGGUUCCCCAAUUUGAAAAUGCUCGAUUUGUCAGAAAACUUUUUGCAGCUGUUUGAAUGUUUAAAUACCGCGAUCCGCAGAUUGGAAGUCAACUGCAACAAGUUGACCGCGUUGGAUCUUUCACAGAUCAAACAGUUGCGGUGCGUCAAGUUUGAUGGAAACGACAUUGCGUCGUUUCGCAUUUCCAGUCGCAACUUUCUUGAAAAAGUGUCGAUGAAAUCUCAACCUCACAUGGCGUCACUCAGUGGUCAAAUGUUUCGGCAUCUCGGUGACGUCCGAAAGCUCGACAUUUCUGGUAAUCUGUACCCUUUAUUUUGCCAGCUGUUUCAAUUCGUGAGCGAGCUUUCAAUGACUGCAAUGAAUCUCGCCACGUUGCCUUUAAAUUUUUGCUCAACUUUCCCUAAUGUGCAAGACUUGGUGCUCAAUUUCAAUCUGUUGGAAUCGUUGGCACCAUUGUCAGAGGCCAAGCAUUUGCGGCUGCUAUCGCUUGUCAAUAACAGAAUUGCCGACUUUAAAAAGUUGGCUGCUUCUCUCAAGAACUCGAGACAUUCCAUAACCAAACUAGAUUUGAGACUUAACCCAGUCACUGCAGGCAUGUACCCUUAUUUGUUUGUUGCUGAUAGCAUGGAAGAUAUGAUUAUAAAUCUAGAAGCCGUGGAGGACAUUGUUACGUUCAACAACCGGUUGGACGAGUUGGACCAAACUGGGGAGUGGCAGGAGAGAAAUGACUUGCACGAACUUCCAGAGUCAGAAAUUGCCCCUAGAAGACGGUAUGCUUGCGUCUCGCAGUUGUAUUUCAAUAAUUUGCGAUACUUGGAUGGUAUUGUUGUGAACAACAACACGCGGAACGCUGCAUAUCAAGAGUUUGAGUCGUUAUUUUCCUCCCCACAGUACAGCAAAGCUCGACCCGACCGUGAUUAG